GCCCUCUUUUUAAGAUUAACAAACAAAGGCCGCCUUCGCCUGAAUCACUCUCAUUUUCUCAUCUCUUCUCUCUCCUCCUCUCUCCUCUUCACUGAAGCUUCGAGCUUUCUCAAGCAUAAUCGAAAAUGGCGGCGAAGCAAUUAACCCAGAAAGAAUCUGACAUUCAGAUGAUGGUAGCUGCCGAUGUUCAUCUCGGCACCAAGAACUGUGAUUUCCAGAUGGAGCGUUACGUCUUCAAGCGCCGUUCUGAUGGAAUUCACAUCAUCAACGUGGCUAAGACAUGGGAAAAGCUUCAAAUGGCUGCUAGGGUUAUUGUUGCAAUUGAAAACCCACAGGAUAUCAUUGUCCAAUCUGCUAGACCAUAUGGUCAGAGGGCUGUCCUCAAGUUUGCUCAGCACACCGGAGCUCAUGCCAUUGCCGGCAGGCAUACUCCUGGUACAUUCACUAACCAGCUUCAAACCUCUUUCAGCGAGCCCCGUCUGUUGAUCCUUACCGACCCCAGGACUGAUCAUCAACCUAUUAAGGAAGCUGCCCUUGGAAACAUCCCCACUAUUGCCUUCUGUGACACAGAUUCUCCCAUGCGUUACGUGGACAUCGGUAUCCCUGCCAACAACAAAGGCAAACACAGCAUUGGUUGCUUAUUCUGGCUCUUGGCUCGUAUGGUGUUGCAGAUGCGCGGAACCCUCCGCCCAGGACAGCAAUGGGACGUCAUGGUUGAUCUAUUUUUCUACAGGGAACCUGAAGAAACCAAGGAGCAGGAAGAGGAAGAAGUUGCUCCUGUGGCAGAUUUUGGACAGAUAGAAUAUGGUGGUGGUGCAAUGACUGCUCUUGCUCCUUCUGAUCAAUGGGUAUCACUUCCCGAAUGGGGUGCCGCCCCUGAAGUUGCACCUGUUGCUCCUGUUGCAGAUUGGACUGCUGCAGUUCCAGCUGCCGGUGAUGGAUGGGAAGAGGCUGUUGUACCUCCUGGAGCUCCUAUUGUUACCCCAGACGCUCCACCAGCCACUGGUUGGGAGUAAGAUUUGCCUUUUUGGGUUUUGAAAUUUUGGUUUCAGAAACUGUUGGGAAAGCCAGACAAUGGAGCUUUAGUUUUCAGUUGAGUUUAGAUGUAGAUGCUUAGUUUAAGGGCAAAUUCUGUUUGUUUUACCCUCUUAUCUUUUGUUUUAUUUUUCGACCAAUUAACGGGAUCUAUAAUUUUCAACAGAUAGUGCUCUGCGUUAUAUUAUUGUUCCAAUGUUCAGCUUUGUUCCAUGUCGUGUUAUCGCUUAGUAAUUUGCUCUUUGCAUAGUGAUUGUUAUAAGGACAUGCUCUUUUGGUGAUUCUA